CGUAGAUUUUAUUAGGAACCGAGUUUUUCUCCCUCGACGUUGUUAAACAGGAAAGGUCCUGCUCAGCAUUCCGGGUUUGGGACGGGAUCGAACUCUCCCCAGACUCCGCUCAUGGAGCAUAUCACGUCCUGGAGCGCGGAGAGGGUCAGCGCCUGGCUCAGAGGUCUGGAUCCAUCUCUGCAGCAGUACUCAUUUGAACAGUGGCAUUUGACUGGACUGGAGCUGCUCCAGUUAUCCGCACAGAGGCUCAAAAAUCUGGGCGUGCACAAGAUCGGACACCAGGAGCUGAUCCUGGCCGCUGUAGAGAAACUCUGCUUUCUGUCAUAUAGUCAGGCUGAUGAGACAGUGAGCAGUUUAGUGGAGAAGCUGCGUGCCGUAGCUCACUCGCUGCAGAUGGGUAUUCAGAGUCGAUGGAGUGUCAACACUUACGACGGCCACAAAGCCACGACCAUCCCUAACCAGGAACUGCAGCUUGUGCUGGAUCUCAUGGUCACAGCCAAGGCAAUGUUUUCUCUACUCAGCAGGUUUGAGUAUGGAGAGUUGACAGGAUAUGCAGGCUAUAAGGCCAUCCCUGAUCUGUGUAAAGAGCUGGGCAUCACCAUGAACAAGGACAAAACACUGUUGGAUAAGGAGAAGGACAUCAUUUCAGCGAGUCGUCGGUUGGUGGCGAUAUGUGAUGAAGUUCUGAGCGCUGCUACUGAGGAUAUACUGAAGCACACUUCUCUGGUGCAGAUUGUUGAUCUGGUGCCGGUUUCACCUGGAGAAAAACUGGGGAUUGAGAUCACUUCCACGACCUCUAGCCAACACUUCGUCUCUGGAACAUUUGCUGAGUUCUCAGCAGAUUGCACUGAGAAGAUACUGGAAGGUGAUGAGGUCAUUAAGGUGAAUGACCAGGUUGUGGUUGGCUGGACCAGGAAGAACCUGGUGGCGAAGCUUCAGGAGAACCCGAAAGGUGUGACGCUGCUGCUGAGACGCCUUCCUCCUCUGUCAGCCAUUCACAAACACAAAGACAAGCCAACACAGAAGGAGGAAGAAGACAAGGAAGAGGAAGAGAGAAACAGACAGUCAGUGAUCGAGCGAGCGCCGGCGUCUGUGCGCUCCUACUCGUUCAGGGCUGCUGUGUCUCCUGAAGAGCACCUGACAGGACCGGAGUUUAGUGGUCACGGCCUUGAUGGGAAUCAGAGCCGUAGCAAACCCACACACCACCUGGUUGCAGGUUCUGGAUUAGAGCGCAGGUGUACGUCUCUCCUCAGUCUGGACUCCAGGACAAGAGUCGGGUCCUGGCCUGAGAUGGGGGCCAGUGUGGAGGAAAAGGAGACCAAGAAGAGCUCCUUCAAAGGCACACAGACAGCGCUGAGUCGAAGGAGGGUGUCGUGUCGUGAGCUGGGCCUGCCGGACUGCGACGGGUGGCUGUGGAAGAAGAGGAAAGAGAUGAGUGUGUUCAUGACACAGAAAUGGCAGAAAUUCUGGUUUGUCCUUAAAGGAGUUACAAUCUACUGGUACACCAGCCAGCAGGAGGAGAAGGCAGUGGGGAUGGCGAAGAUUGGCAGCUACAGCAUUGAGAGCGCUGGAGAACACAAGAGGAAGUACGUGUUUAAGAUGUUCCACCCGCGCUUCCAGAACUUCUUCUUCGCCGCUGACAACGUUAGUGACAUGAGCAAGUGGAUCAACUGUCUGAUCGUCGCAAUCCAGAAAUAUAAGAAGCACCAACAGUAUCUAUCAGACAACGAGGCCGAGUGUUACAGUGAGACCGAGUCAGAGGAGGACGGCUCACACUCACCACUUGUUCCAAAGAAGAAAACCACAACGAAGCCUCAGAGUAACACGCUCCCUCGAGCUCUGGGCAAGAAAAACAAACCGCUGGGAGGAACUGCAGGCACCACAUCACCAGCAGGGGGCAGUAAAGCCUCAGCUACACAACCACAAGUAGCGGUGGAUGAGAUGGGAGAGCUGUUUAACCAGCUGAAGGAGGGAGGAGUGUCUCUGAUUGGUCAGAAACAGCCCAUCACUCACGACCAACUCCGCCGGUCCUUCAUCCGACGCAACAAGAAUCCCGUCAUCAACGAGAAGGUCCACACACUCCGCGCUCUUCAGAGCACGCUCAAGGCGAAGGAGGCGGAGCUACAGCUCAUCGAUAAGCUUCUGGAAGAUUCCAGUCUGACGCCGGUGAAAUACCGCCAGUGGAAGCAGCACAAUGAGGAUCUGUACCAGGAGAUCGAGAAAAUCGCCAAAGAGAAAAAACGAACCCAAACAACCCCACAAGCGAAACCCGCCACCCCCGAUGACGACGGAGCAUGUCGACUCAGCCUGAGCGACGGAGAGCAGCUAGUGGACUCUGAGUUGCCUAGCGAUGGAGACUUAGCAGAGCGUACUGGGUUACACAGUGAAAGAGCAGACAGCAGCUCCUCUGAAAAUUACUUCUUCAUCUGAGCUCAGCCCGCCCACUUUAAAAAUCUGACCAAUCAGAGCCUCUUUUUUGUUUUAAGGAACGGGGCGGGACUUGAGCUGCUCUGGGGAGCGUUACCUUGUUCUUACAAGAAAUGAUCGAUGUCAGUGUUGCUAAGCAACCUCGAUGAUGUGGUUUUUUUGUCUAGCUAGCUAGUCGCAAUUGUUUUACUCAUGAUUUUAUAAAGAAAACUCCAAAGAUCUGUAAAUAAAUCAAAUAAUUAUGAAUGGUUUAACCUUCCUGUUUUGGUUUGCAACUUUGAUCAUUUAGAACAACUCCCUCAAGUGAAUCUUCCUCUCGAUACGGAUUUCCAAGUCUUCAGCCCAAGUCCAGACUGAUCAGUAUUAAUUUACUUUUAGUACAGUUCACAUCCUAAACUGCUGACUGGAAACAACACACUGGUGUUAGUCCACUGGAGACUCAAAGUGAAGCACUGGAUAUGGAGCUUUAGUCCAAAACCCAUUCAAAAUAAUCAGCAAUCAAUAAUGAACAUGGAUGAUGACCAGACAGAGAUGACCAUAAUCCUUGACGUCUGUGCUGAAGUGGAUGAGCAUCAUUAUCAGAGCUCUUUUAUCUUAAACAGGAAGUUAUUAUUAUUAUUUUUUUGGUUGUUGUAUAUAAUCUGUGACAAAUUUUAUGUUGUAUAAAAAUAGAACAAAGUGGCCUGUGCAGAUAACGGACAUUGACAGGGCCUUUUAUUUUUACAGGUAUGUUUUAGAGCGAUCGUGUAAAAGUUUUAAUAUAAUGCCUGCUCUUACGUAUCAUGUUUGUACUGCAUGUUCAUUUGUGCAAUGAUGGAUGGGAAGAAAAGGAAAAGAAUAAAUGUAAAUAAUCCUGCGAAUCAUUACCCAAAAUCAUGAGACUUGGAGUACUGAGUCAUGUUGUGAACACUGUAAGUUGUAUAUGUGAAAGACUUUUCUGUUUUUAUUGUAAAUAAAAUGUCUACAGUUUACAACAGCUAAAGAUUUCUUUUUGAUUAAUUGUACUUAAAGGUUAAAGGGAUGGGUGGAAUGUGGUAGCUUAGUGGUUAAGGCAUUGGAUUACUGAUCAGAAGGUUGUGAGUUAAGGAAAGCUUCCUUGAGUAAGCAUCUUAACCCUCAGUUGUAUGCAUUGAGAUAAAUUAUAAGCCAGUGGGGCAGUGAAGGGGCUGGGGUCAGUGGUGGUUCAAGUGGUUAAGGCUCUGG